CUCUAUUUCCUUAUUCCUUUCCCCAUUUUCCUUUCCUUCCCCCACGCCCCUUGAGAAAAACUAAUUAAAAGUAGAAGGGUACACACAACCAAAUUUGGUCAUCAUGGUUUGAACCAUUUUGGGUUAAAGAUUCCUUUGUUUGUUGAGAUAUUUAAUCGAGUGAUCGGAGUGAAGGGUAACAACUGAAAUCUAAAGCUAAAGCUUGUGUAGGUAUUUUAUAGCGAAUAGAUGGGGAAAGACUCGAAGCCAAAGGACGCGGGUGGUAAAGGGAAGGGGAAGGCAAAACAAGGAGCUUCCGGAGCCGAUGAAAGCGCUUCCAAAGGAAAGGGAAAAUCCGGAAAAGCUGCUUCCGAUGGCCUCGGAACUUGUACUUAUGUUAAAGCAAGGCAUAUACUGUCCGAGAAGCAGGGUAAAAUCAAUGAAGCGUAUAAGAAGUUGCAGGACGGUUGGCUUAGCAAUGGAGACAAAGUUCCACCAGCUGAGUUUGCUAAGUUAGCAGCUGAAUACUCAGAGUGCCCUUCAGGGAAGAAAGGUGGGGACCUUGGAUGGUUUCCUCGUGGAAAGAUGGCUGGUCCCUUUCAAGAGGUUGCAUUCGCCACACAAGUUGGAGUGACCAGUGCACCAUUCAAGUCAACGCAUGGGUACCAUAUUAUCUUGUGUGAAGGAAGAAAGAAUUAGGAAAUCUUGCAUUCGAACAGAUCCUAAAUAUGGCCAUGGAAUGAAGAAUAGCAAUGACCAUACAUUUUCGUGUAUCUAUAGUUGGGUUUGGUGAUCUGUUUUUAUUAAUAUUUAGUAAUAAUGGAACUAUGUCUUGAUAUUUUAUGUAUAACAAGAUUGUCUCUUGAUUUGAGGAAAAAUAAUGUUGUAGGAAAGCAGAUAAGUAUUAGUUGCAUCCAAAUAUUAAUAAAGUCUUGGUUUGUAUAAGAAGGUUGAAUAAUGAAGGUAAGAGAAUAGAAGCAGUGGUUAGAAUAGGUCUCCUUGGGGGCCACCAAUCAUUGUUUAAGUUUCUA